UCUCUGGAAAACAGCACAGGGCUGAGGAAACACCUCACCCUGUCCCGGGAGAGCCCAGCUGAGGGAUCUUCUCCUGCCUCCUUGGACUUCAACCAGGCCAGCAGAAAGCAGGUGGAUCGGCGGCUGGCCGAGGCUGCCAACAGCGUGUCUGCUCCUCUCCACCACCCAGCAGCUUCCUACCUCCAGGUGACAUCCUUGGUGGAAGAUCAUCCUUUUCCGGCCUCUGGAGCAGUGGAGUCUGAAGAUCCUAACACACUGGAUCACUUCAACCGACCUGGGAAGAUAAUCCCUGCUAAAGGUACUGAUCCCUUCCAAAAGAUCGCCAAGCCCUCCUGGGUCACCAACCGCCAGUCAUCCAGCCUGCUCUACCACCUCAGCACGCUGAAGAAAGAUGGUGAUGAGGAGAAGGCAUGUCUGGCCGAGUGCAGGAAAGAGAGGGAUGAAGCAGAGGCCUUUUGCGCCAGCGAGUUUGCAGUGAACGGCAUUGUCCAUGCCAUGGAGAGCCUCGGGAGCAGGGUCCACCUGCUGACGCUGCUGGUGAACAGCGAGGGGCUGUACAAGAUGAGCCGCCUGUACGUCACUCCCGACGGCUUCUUCUUCCGAGUUCACAUCCUCGUUGUGGAUACUUUGAACUGCAGGAAACCGUGUCCAGACUUCAAACUUGGCAACAGAUACAUCGUGAUGGGUCAGAUCUACCACAAGAGACGACAGAUCCCUGCGGAGCUGCUGCCGCUGCUGCGCGGGCGCCUGAGGCCGGGGGACGGUUUGCUUGGGAGCAGCAGCAGCUACGUGAGGAGAUUUAACAGGAGGAGGAACCACAAGGUGCAGGGGGCUCACACCACAUGCAGAUAAGGCUCCAGUAACCUCCACCUACCAGAAUAAACCUGGCCCCGAGGUUUAGUAACGGUGGGGGGCAGUUCUUGGCUCUGGAACUGGCUGUGAUAGGACUCUUGCUUUUGGGCUUUAGCAAAUACUGUGUUCUGACCAGGUGCCCGUAUAUUGUGAAAUUUAGCACAAAAGUCAGUCUAAGGAAUCAAUUUGCUCCAGCUUUUUUCAGAGCCACAUGUUAUCGCAGAACCAUGAAAUGCCAGGUUGGAAGGGACCUCAAGGAUCAUCUGGUCAAACCUUUCUAGGUACUACUGUAGUUUAUGAGGUGUGUCAACCCCCUGUCAAGCUGAGACUUAAAACUGUCCAUUGUGGGGGAAUCUACCAAUUCCCUUGGGAGACUAUUCCAGUGUUUUAUUGUCUUCAUAGUGAAAAAUUUACCUCUUGUGUCCAAUCAGAAUCUCCCCAGGAACAACUUGUGCCCAUU